AUGUUACCACAUAUCAGCAUUGAUGAUAGCAUUGUGAAGAAGUAUGCAUUGACCAAGGAGGAAUGGCAAGCUGUCCAGUUCGGAAUUGACAUCAAUCAUCUUUCAUAUUUUCUUCUUUUUAGGACCAAAUUGCUGGAAAGUGAGACAAACCAAAAAAUGUUUCAUGAGUGGUUACAAACACAGAAGCUGGAUUCAUUGGAGACUGCUGCGCUAGCUUGCAGAACAUUCAGAGAUGUUGCUGAAUUUUGGUCUGAUAGGAGCACAGGAGCUGAGUCCCAGUUCAAGUUGCAACACAGGACAGGUUGGAAACUAUGGACUAAAAAGUAUCAAGAAUUUUCAGAAGGCGCAUUGUCAUUUAUGCAGGACCUCAAACCACUCUUUGAUAUUGUUACGGGCAUGGGAAUACCCUAUGUUGGACUUGCCAUAGGGACAGUAACAAUGCUAUUUACAUUUUCUGGAAAGAAAAAUACUAUUGAAGAGGAACUAUCCUCUGCAAUCGAGGGUAUCAGAGACAGACUUCCGGGACUGAAGAUGUAUCAGGCAAUAUACACAGAGAACAAUGAACUUGAAUUAGAUGUGCAGAAGAAGAUAUUGUUUGCAUAUCUUGCUUUCAUUGAACUCUCUAUGGAAAUCACAAGAUAUUUUACUCAACCAGGAUACCGUCGUUGGAGCACAGCAUUUUUCAACUCCAGCAAAUUUAAGGAUAUGACAAUUGAUGUCUAUAAAUCACUCUCAGAUAUUAGGCUUCGUUGUGAGGAGCUUGUUGGUUUAAGGAUUGACAUCCUUGUCCAUGGGAUGGAGUCACUCAAGGGCCGCAAUGAAGAGCUCCAGCAGGACAGGAAUACUGCCCAUCUUUUAGAAGUUCAAAAUGCGUUAGGCUUGGGCUCAUGGACACCUGUGAUACAUCGCAAAAUGCUUGCUGAAUAUAGGACUCGUUUGUUCUAUGAACAUGAUGAAGAAGUAAUCUAUCAACAGAUGACUCAGAAAGAGAUUGAACAACUGCAAUGCACAAUUCCCUUUGCAGAUUGGGCUAAGCCAAAUUUCUCAAGUGUUCUCAUCCUUCGGGGAAUCAACAAUGAGAACCUGAGUCAGGGCAAGAUCCACAAUUGGUUAUCACCUCUUCCACUCCACCUGAUUAGCCAAUUUCACAAAGAUGGCGCUAAUCCACAGUAUCAUGCGUCCCAUAUAUUUGACCCUGCAGACCCUGCGUCAAGGUCAUUAUUCAAGGCUCUCCCCAUGAUUCUGCUUCAGCUCUUGUGGCCACAUCGAGCAAAUCUAGGCAGCAAUGUUGACGGACAAUAUGAGACAUUAAUGGCGGCCCUUCACGAUUAUAUUGCUUGCCCAUUGUCGCGGAGUGAUGAAAAAGCUCAAGCACUUGGCAAUCUUGCGGCACAUGUAAUUGGUUUUUACAAGGGACAGAGGUGCCCAGUAUACAUUGUACUGGACAGGGUAGACCAGUGCAGUGAGCAUUACGAGCUGAUGAGCAUUCUUGUCAACAAGAUUAUCAAAGGAGCACCCUGUCCUGUAAAAGUGCUUCUUGUAGCUGGUUCAAUGAACUGGCCAACUCAAAGUUUCUUUCGGUUUGAUCUCCCCGUGCACAUACAGGAAAUUGUCAUGAAACAGAAAUUUCUGGAUGAUAAUGACUAUUAG